AUGGAACUAUUUAAGAGAACUUAAAUGAAAUAUAGAUUGCCCUUGUCUGGGAGAAUUUUUAGAAGGAUGAAUUGCCGAAGAAUAAUUGUGCAGGGUCAUCUGAUGAUUUUUCAAUGGACCUUUGGAGAUGCACUGAAUAAUAUAGUCCAAUCGAGAUUGAGUAAGAUUAAGUAAAAUGUUGUAACAUAUUUUAGGACUUAACCUGAAUAUGCUAUAUUCUUUGAUAUGUCAAAUGAAAAUUGA